GGACCCACACAAGAGACGACCACGAUAGGAUCGCGCCAAUGGACAAGCAAGGCAAUCGAUGACGCAGUGGCUCCGCGCUUUAGAAGUCGCCGCUCGAACGGAACCGGUGAUGAAGAUGCCUCUCCGCUCCGGCAUCGGACGAAUUUACUUCCUUCUCCAAGCAUGGAGGUCUCUAUCGUCACCUACUUCGCGAGUCGACUCUUUGGCCACCACUUCUGUUGUAUCUUCCAAAAUCCUUCAAAAUGGUGGCGACGAUGGCAAAUUCAAGCAGGAAUUUAUGAAGCUCAAGUUACCUCGGAGUAGUGUGAACACUGUGCUUCAAAGGACCUCAAUCACUAAGCUCCGGCGUGUUGUCAAGAAGUUCUGCAAAUCGAAGCGCUUUGAGCGUGCACUAGAGGCACUAAUAUUGAUGGAAACCCGAGAUAAUUUUCGCAUGUACCCGGCUGAACAUGCUCUCAGAUUGGAAUUGACAAUCAAAGCCCACGGUUUACUGAAAGCUGAAGAGUACUUCAAUCAACUGCCCACCAUAGCUUCUCAGAAAGCUUCAUCUCUCCCUCUUCUUCAUGGUUAUGUCAAAGAGAGGAACACUGAAAAGGCCGAGGCUUUCAUGGUGAAGCUAAGGGACUCGGGACUGGUUGUGAACCAUCAUCUUUACAAUGAGAUGAUGAAACUGUAUGUGGCCACAUAUCAGAAUGAGAAAGUUCCUCUCGUGAUAAAGGACAUGAAGCAAAAUCAAAUACCGAGGAAUGUUCUCUCAUACAACCUUUGGAUGAAUGCUUGCAGUGAGUUAUAUGGGGUUGGAUCAAUCGAGUUGGUGUUUGAAGAAAUGCUGACUGAUAAGAAUGUUCAAGUGGGAUGGAGCACUAUGUGUACUCUGGCUAACGUUUAUAUACAGGAAGGCCUUGUUGAAAAAGCAUUUGCAGCCUUAAAAGAAGCUGAGAAGAAGCUAUCCCCAUGUAAAAGGCUUGGAUAUUUUUUCUUAAUCACAUUAUAUGCCUCAUUGAAGGAUAAGGAAGGAGUUUUUCGAGUUUGGAGAGCUAGUAAAGCUGUAAGUGGCAACCCUACUUGUGCUAAUUACAUAUGUAUAUUGCUGUGUUUGGUGAAGCUAGGAGAAAUAGAUAAGGCAGAGAAAGUAUUCAAGGAAUGGGAGUUGAAUUGUCGCAACUACGACAUUAGAGUGUCCAAUGUUCUUUUGGGUGCAUAUGUGAGAAAUGGAUUGUUAGAGAAGGCUGAGUCAUUGCAUAGGCACACAUUGGGGAGAGGUGGUAAUCCGAAUUACAAGACAUGGGAGAUUCUCAUGGAGGGGUGGGUGAGAAGCCAACAAAACGUGGAUAGAGCUAUUAAUUUUCUCACUGGAAACAAUGAAUCCCAAACAUGAUAAUUUCUGGUUGACCAUCUUUCUACAAAAAGGAUACGUUCAUGAAACAAUGGGCAGGGACUGAAGUAAGAGGUACAUACAAUUCUCUUUACAUAUCUACAUGCUUCAAUUGAAACUGUCAUUUCUAGAACAGGAGGCUGGUAAACCACCAUAACAAAACUGCCUUUUAUUUUGGAAUUAGAGUUUUGUGAAGUUGAAAGAUUUUGCAUGGUUGAACUGCCAUCGUUAACCUUCAGAUUUCUUCUAGCAAGAAAUUCCAACCAUGUUCAGGGACGCCACCCUCUCACAUGCGCUUGACUCUACCCUCCUCGCUGCCCAUGGUGCUGGAUACUGGAGAAAAUGAGAUUCUUGCAGCUAAAUCACUCACACGACCUUUUUGGUCUCUAAGGAUGAUGUGAGCUGCAGACGUUUGUACCAUUAUAUCUCAUUCUCAGCUGGUAGAAAGGUGAAGUUUUGCAUUUAGGAAUUGGGCCAUGCCACACUCGUCUCGACAUACACGACAAGCUACAAAAGCGUUCUCUAUGGGUCUCCAUCUCUCCAAGCUCCUGUAUUGUGUGCAAAAUUGAUGGGAAAUCUCAUGCUCACUUGUAGUCCAUUGGAUUCCCUGGUGUAACUUCAUCACAUGAAUAAAAUUUUUGUUUCCUUAAAAA